CGUGCCGUUAUCUGGGAGUUGAUCUCGGAUCGGAGACGCUCCGUUAACGGCGUGAGUAAACGGCAUGAUCCCGACAGAAGCUGUGGAUCAGAUGAAACAACAGUAUCCACCAAGGACCCCUAUCGCAAUUGAGUUGAUGCAGCCCAAAAUACUUACUACAGGCGGGAAGUCUCACGCCGAGCAUUGCUGUUGUUCACUCGAUGGCGUCCGAUGUUCAUGCUGGACCUAUUUCCGUGAAGAAGAAUUCGCGACCAGAGGGAGGCUAGCAACAAUGGAGCCCUCUGUGCUGUUGCGCACUGGAAUGUGAUUGAGCUAACAACGGUGGGAAUUUAAGAUCUGCUG